UAAAAUGAAUUACAUUAUUCUGUUACUCAGAGGAGCAAAGGAAGUAAAAUAGGAACCUUAUCUGAAACGUUGAUAAGGGAAGCGCCGGAAUCAAUUGUCGAGGGAUCAGGGAGACGAUAAAGUGAGAGAGAGAGGAUCCGACCGCUAGCUAACUCGGUCCGCACACAGCGGAGGGCGCGAGAGAUGUGCUCUAAUGCGGAUCGAAUUAGAAACUAAUUUAUCUGAUACAUUCCCAGGUGGCACAUUUUAUAGUUACUUUGUUACUUACAGACAGUCUACCGCCAUUGAUUCCUCGCCUGGAUCGCUGUUCGGCGAUGGUCGGAGAUUGUCGGGCGUCCCCGGCCCACUCCCUAACUGUGGGCCGCCGGCGCCCAGUCGCCCGGUGUCCGUCGCCCUCUCAGCACGUCCCUAGCAGUGCUGCUGCUCGCCCGCGCUCGUACCGCCGCCUAGUACCACACAACGUUGAUACCUUCUCAUAUAUCUUGUCUAUUCUUAUUUUGUUUAUAUUUAUAAACAUUCUUCAAAUUUAUAAUUUAUGUUCAUAUUUUAAAAACAAAGUUUACACGACAACUGUUUACCUAUCAUAACGGCCGUAGAGUUCACUGUGUAGUCCGUAGUCUGUAGGUGAUGUGUGAGAGUGUGUGAGUGUGUAUGGCGAAGGACAGUGUUCUGCUGCUGCUGACGCCGCUGCUCGUGGUUAUCUGCACUCAGCUCGGCCUCAGCAAUGUCGUAGUUGACGAGAUUGUGGACGUGGUGUCAGCAGAGGCAGUGGCUGGGUUCACCGCGUUGCUCCCUUGUGAUCUCUCCCCACCUGUACACGAUGACAAGGUCCACUUAGUCAUCUGGUACAAGGACUCAAUAGAUCUACCUAUUUACAGUUACGACGCUCGCGGCACGGCGCCAGAGAAGGGCACUCACUGGGCAGCAGACUCAUCCCUGGGAGAGAGGGCAUACUUCAGGUACAAGGACGAGCCCUCUAGACUGGAGCUCAGGCACAUCAGAGAGGGCGAUGCUGGUCUGUACCGUUGUAGGGUGGACUUCCGCAAAUCACCCACGAGAAACUCUAAAGUCAACCUCACCAUCAUCCUACCACCACAGAAGCUGAGUGUGUUAGAUGAAAGAGGUUCUCACAUUCAACAUUACAUCCUCGGCCCGUACACUGAAGGUGCCAGCAUGGAGAUCACCUGUCUUUCUACUGGAGGACGGCCUCUGCCGAAGGUGACCUGGUGGCAGGAGAACGCUCUGUUGGACGACUCGUACGAGACGUUGUCUGAGCGUCGUGUACGCAACGUGCUGCGACUUGAGAGGCUGGAGAGGAGGCAUCUCCACACAGUGUUUACAUGUCAGGCGGCCAACAACAACCUGGUGGCGCCCAUCUCUAGCGCAGUCACACUCGACCUAUACUUGGACCCAAUGUGGGUGAGGCUGCUGGGCCAGAACCGCCCCAUGUCUGCGGACCAGACGUACGAGGUGAGUUGUGAGGUGGUUGGUGCUCGUCCUGCUCCCAUCAUCACGUGGUGGAAAGGCAAUCAACCGAUGAGGAACGCUAGAGAAUCGGUUGUUGGUUUGGACGGGAAUGUGACAGUCAGCACGCUGAAGCUGACUCCUACAUUAGACGAUGCAGGAGAGGAACUUACAUGCAGAGCAACCACACCCCCUGCUGAGAGAAACGUGCUACAGGACUCGUGGACCCUCAACAUAUACCACGUUCCGAUAGUUUAUCUGGAGCUAAUAGGAAAACCAAAUGCAACUGUUGUAAAAGAAGGAGUUGACAUUAUCAUGGAAUGCAGAAUUAACUCAAAUCCUUGGAUAUACAGGAUAAGCUGGCGGCAUAAUGGGAGGACGCUGUUUCACAACGCCAGCGCCGGCACCGUAAUCACCAACCAGACUCUCUCCUUGCUCAACAUCACACGGGCACGCUCGGGCAUCUACUACUGUUAUAGGUUAGUGCAUGGGAGGACGCUGUUUCACAACGCCAGCGCCGGCACCGUAAUCACCAACCAGACUCUCUCCUUGCUCAACAUCACACGGGCACGCUCGGGCAUCUACACGUGCAUGGGCAGCAACCAGGAGGGAGAUGGCGAGAGCAACGCCAUCGUACUAGACGUCAAAUUCGUGCCCGUGUGUCGCCCGGGCCAACUGAGAGUGUUGGGUGCGGCGAGACAGGAGGUGACGCGCGUGACGUGUGAGGUAGAAGCCAAUCCCGCCACAGUCCACUUCACCUGGAGGUUCAACAACUCCGCCGAGACAGUGGACAUCCCUGAGAGCCAGUAUACGUUAGACAAGACCCGCAGCACCGUGGCGUACACCCCGAUCCACGACUGGGACUUUGGCAACCUGCUGUGCUGGGCUCACAACGAGCUGGGCACCCAGCUGGAGCCUUGCGUCUACAGUGUCGUGCCUCAAGCAGGCAGACCAGAUCCUCUGGGCAACUGUACUAUCGCCAACCAGACGGCAGAGAUGCUGGAGGUAGAGUGUGACCCAGGCUACGACGGAGGUCUGCCCCAGCUGUUUGUCAUGGAGAUCUACGACGGUCUAGACCAGACUCUCGUCAACAACGUGUCAUCUCGAAGUCCGGCGUUUCUCGUGACCGGACUCCCCUCCGGCCUAGAGCUCGACUUGGUACUGUAUUCUGUCAACAACAAAGGCAGAAGCAGACCACAUUUGCUCCAUGCUUACACUCUGCGUUCUGCGGCCCGUCGUUCAGUGAUCUCUCCAGGGAUGAUGCAUGUGACUCCUAUGCUGGGCGUGUUGGCUGGCGCUGUGUUGACGCUGUUGUGUAUUAUCAUUGCCAUCUCGGUCGUCAUCAGACUACGGAGGGUGGCCCUCGUGGACAAGAAGACACUCCAAACCAACUCUCGCACCAGCCACUCCAGUGACAGCGUGGACAGUCUGGACAAGAAUCCUGACAUUAUUCCCCAAAAGGAAGAUUUCACGGAAUCAGAAGAAUCUAUGUUCCAAAAAAGCAAAUUAAGUUUCUAUUUUAGUCCUGAUAGUGAAAACAGCAGUCCUAUCAAGCCCGCCUUCCCUCGUACCGUGGAACUAUCGGAGUUUCCACCACCGAGACAACCCCGCAGAGUCACGUUCCAGUGUCAGGCCGCGACACUGCCUCGCCGCAUGGGCGCCGCCCCCACGCCGCCCCCGUCUGCCCCCGCCGCCGCCGACGAUAGCAUGCUGGGGGUGCCCGCCACCGUCAUCCGCCUCCGUCCCGAGACCUCCAGAUUGUCUACACACCUCUGACCCCACGAGCGACCCUGGACCACCAGUGAGAUUCUCUAGCCACCCCCGACUGUGAUACAUUUAGUAACAUUUUGACUUUUAAUAUUAGCCCUUCUUGAGGUUUCUAGCGAUGAACCAUUCAACGGUUGUAAAAUACGCUCUUUAAUACAUAGAAAUCUUGUAUUUUGCUCAAUAAUUUAAAAGCGCCAAAUGCCUAGCGAAAUCGAUACAUCACGACUGUAAAGACUAUUAUUUAAUAAAAUUAUGAAA